AUGGCCGAAUCAUUUUUUUCAGACUUUGGCUUGUUGUGGUACCUGGAGGAGCUCAGAAAGGAAGAGUUCUGGAAAUUUAAGGAGCUCCUCAAGCAAGAACCUCUGAAAUUCGGACUCAAGCCAAUCCCCUGGACUGAGCUAAAGAAGGCUUCAAAACAAGAUCUCGCAAAGCUGUUGGAAAUGCAUUACCCAGGAAAACAGGCAUGGGAUGUGACACUGAGCCUAUUUCUACAGAUCAACCGGAGAGAUCUCUGGACCAAGGCUCAGGAAGAGAUUGGAAAUAAGAUGAACCCAUACAGAGAGCACAUGAAGAAAAAAUUCCAAGUCAUAUGGGAAAAGGAAACCUAUCUUCAAGUCCCUGAGAAUUUCUACAAAGAAACCACAAAGGAUGAGUAUAAAGACUUGAAGGACGCAUAUACUGCUGAGGAGGCUAGACCUCUCACUGUGGUUUUGAAAGGUCCUGCAGGAAUUGGAAAAACAACCCUUUUAAGAAAAGUGAUGUUGGAAUGGGCAGAGGGAAACUUCUGGAAGGACAGGUUCACGUUUGUUUUUUUCUUCAAUGUCUAUGAAAUGAACUGCAUUACAGAGACAAGCUUAGUGGAACUCAUCUCCAGGGACUGGCCUGAAUCUUCAGAGACAAUUAAAGAUAUUUUUUCUCAGCCAGAGAGAAUCCUAUUCAUCAUGGAUGGUUUUGACGAACUGAAAUUUGACUUGAAACUUAAUGCUAACUUGUGCAAUGACUGGAGGCAAAGGCAGCCCACACAAAUUAUCCUGAGCAGUUUGCUGCAGAAAACAAUGCUUCCAGAGUCGUCGCUGCUUAUUGCAUUAGGAGUAAUAGCCAUGGAAAACAAUGAUUUCUUGUUGCAACAUUCAAAACAUGUAACUCUCUCAGGAUUCUCUGAACAUGAAAGAAAGUUGUAUUUCUCCCACUUCUUCCGUGAAAAAAAAAAUGCCUUGAAAGCCUUCAGUUACGUGAGAGACACUACACCACUGUUUGUCUUGUGCCAGUAUCCCCUUUUAUGCUGGUUGGUCUGUACUUGUAUAAAAUGGCAGCUAGGGAAGGGAGAAAACCUUGAAAUCGCCUCUGAAACUUCCAGCUCUUUGUAUGUAUACUUUUUGAUAAGCGUAUUCAAAGCAGGAAGUGAGAAUUUUUCACCUGAGCAGAACAGAAAACAACUGAAAAGCCUGUGUGCUUUGGCUGCAGAAGGAAUAUGGACUCAGACGUUUGUAUUUUGCCAUGGGGACCUCAGGAGAAAUGAGGUAUCUGAAAUUGAUGUCUUUAGGUGGGUGGGCAUGAGACUUCUUCAAAGGAGUGGUGACUGCUUUACCUUCAUCCAUCCAUGUGUCCAAAAGUUUUGCGGUGCUAUGUUCUAUUUGUUCAAACAACCCAGAGACAACACUAAUCCAGCCAUUGGAAGUGUAACCCAGCUUGUGACAGCAAUGGUGGUUCAAGCCAAAGCCCACUUGAGCGAGAUGGGAAUAUUUCUGUUUGGAAUUUCAACUGAAGGAAUAAUCAACAUGCUGGAGGCAUCCUUUGGUUUUCUACUUUCAAAAAAUAUAAAGCAAGAAAUAAUACAAUGCCUUAAAAAAUUAGUUCAACGUGAACCCAAUAAAAUAAUAGUGUGUUUCCAGGAAUUGUUCAAUGCUUUAUUUGAAAUCCAGGAUCAAGAAUAUGUAACGCAAGUGAUGGAUGUAUUCGAGGAAGUUUCCAUUUGUAUUCGUAAUAAGGAAGCAUUGAUAAUAUCUUCAUUCUGUGCAAAGCACUGCCAAAAUUUGAAGAUACUUCACCUGUGUAUAAAGAACGUCUUUCCAGAUGAGUCUGGAUCUGUGUCAGAUCAUAAUGAGAAGCUCUUCUAUUGGCGGGAACUUUGCUCAGUGUUCAGCAUGAACAGGAACAUCCAGAUUUUAGAUUUGCACCACUCUAGCCUCGAUGAUGCCUCCAUGGCAGUUCUUUGUAAAGCACUGGCUCAGCCCAUCUGUAAGCCUCAAAGACUCGCGUUUUAUUCUAUGUCUAAGUUUGGAAAUAUAGACUUCAUUAAGGCAAUUCUUCAUAACUCUCAUCUGGUAUACCUGAACUUGUAUGGCACUAGCCUCUCCUGUACUGACGUCAGGCACCUGUGUGAGACGUUGAAACACCCAAUGUGCAACUUAAAAGUCUUGAUGUUGGGAAAGUGUAACAUCAUGUAUGAAGCUUGUGAAGAUAUUGCCUCUGUACUCGUCUGCAACAAUAAGUUGAAGCAUCUCUCCCUGGUAGAAAAUCCCUUGAUGAAUGAAGGAGUGAUGGUGCUCUGCUUAGCCUUGAAGCAUCCAGACUGUUCCCUGGAGACGCUCAUGUUAAUGCGCUGCUGUCUCAACUCUGUCUCCUGUGACUACAUAUCCCAAGCCCUUUUGUGCAACAAAUCCCUGUCUCUCCUCGAUCUGGGGUCGAAUUUCCUGGAAGAUAAGGGGGUGGCAUCUCUAUGUGCAGGACUGAAGCACCCAAACUGCAACUUACAGGAGCUGUGGCUGACAGAUUGUUCCCUCACUCCCAUUUGCUGUAAGGACAUUUCUGCUGUUCUUAUUUGCAAUGGGAAACUGAAGACUCUCAAACUUGGUAACAAUCUCAUACGAGAUGUUGGUGUAAAACAGCUAUGUGGUGCUUUGAUGCACCCUAACUGUAAAUUACAGUGUCUCGGGCUGGAAAUGUGUCAGCUCACCACUGCCUGUUCUCAAGACCUUGCCUUGACUCUCACCACCUGCAAAACACUGAGAAGCCUGAAUCUCGACUGGAUUGUCUUGGACCGUAAUGGGGUGUUGGCGCUGUGUGAAGCUUUGCUCUACGCGGACUGCUCACUGCAGUUGCUUGGGCUGGACAAAUCUGCAUUUGGCCAGGAGGCACACAUGCUGCUGGCAUCUGUAGAAGAGAAAAAUCCUAACCUAACCAUUUUACAUAAACCUUGGAUUAAAGACGAGUACGCUACUAAGGGUAUUCUUAUCCGAUGGGAUAUACCCUGA